AUGGUUCUCGCCCACCGCCUCCUCCUCCUGGUGGCCCUGCAAGCCUGGGAUGCCCAGGCUGCUCCAAAACGAGCGCAGGGAGCAGAUGAGGGCAUUGGCAGUGCUUAUCGAGCUUCUCGGCUGGAUCCUGGUUAUGAGCCUCGGGGGUAUCCCAGAGCCCGUGUCGAUCAAGCUACUUGGUGGAAUCCUGUUCCUGAGCCGGGGGGGCAUCCCAGAGACGCUGUCUGCGCACCUGCGUGGUCAAGGGAGGCAGCAGCUGCUGAGAGGGAGCGGGAGCAGCGGCUCCUGGCCGAACGGCUGCACUCCAAAUGGGAGCAGCAGCAGGCAGGGGAGCUCCAGCGGCUGCGGGAGCUGAACCAGCGGCAGCGGGCGGCGCAGAUCUGCCAGCUGCUGCGCUCGAAGGAGGCUGAGCUGCGCGAGGUGCAGGGGAUGCUGCAGCAGCAGCGUGGCGACACCAUCCGUCAGGCACGGGACCUGCAGCAGCAGCUGGCCAAGGAGCUGGUGAGAGGAGCCUGGAGCAGCAGCCAGGCCCGCGGGAAGCUCCAGGACGUCCUCGGCAAGCUGCGCUGGGACACCAAUGGCGAGCAGGCUGCCCGCAUCCUCCACCUGCAAGACGAACUGCUGCAACAGAGGAGACUCUUCCAAAAUUACAUCUUGGAGCAGUUCAAGGGCCAGCAGCCUGCUUCCUGCAAGGAGGCCAGGGCCAAGGCUACGGCCUGGCAGCGCCUGCAGACCCUCCUGGACACUGGGACCAUUGGGCCCUGCUCUUUGGAGAGCCUCACAGCAUCUCCCUCCUGCCAUGCUGGCCUCCAGGAGGAAGGAAGCGGCGUGGAGGUUUUGCUCGAGGCUGUGGGGCAAGACUUGGCGCCGCACAGCUUGCACUCCCUGCCACAAGGAAGUGCCGGCAGCGGGCGGUCUGUGGCAGAGGUGGGCGUUCAGACCAAAUCAGAGAAUCAGGAGGACUGGCUGCUUGGGAGCAGUCACAGCAGGCUGCUGGAGCAGAACGCCUGCCUCCAGAGCACCCUGAAAGACCUGGAGAGGCGGUGCCGUGCCCUUCAAGAGGAGAACUGUCUUCUGAGGAAGGGAAGCUCUCCUGAAGUGCGGGAGGAGGUGGAGAAGCUCCAGCAGAAGAGUGCUAAGCUGCAUCUCCUUAGCAAGCAGCUGCAAGAGCGAGCCAGGAAACUGCAGAGCAUCCAUCAGCUGAUCAAUGCUCGAGUGACACAGGUCAGCGGGCUGCUGCGGAGCGUCUGGAAGGCCGAGCCCGACAUGCUGCUGCCCUCCCUGCAGGAACUCUUCGCUGUCAUCUCCACCGCCGGGCUGUGCCUGGAGGAGGAGGCACGCGGAGGCGUGAUGCUCGUGGAUUUGGGUGGACGCGGGGGUGGACGAUGGCCGGGAGGACGUAAGGGAGCUCUGCGCAACUUUUCCCUUCUCCUUUCUAAACAGGGAGAUGACGAAGAGGCAGUGAUUGACCAAGGAAGAACGAGCAACGUCGUCAAUAUUCACUAUGAGAAGGAGGAGUUGGAAGGCCACCGGACCCUGUACGUGGGCGUGCGGAUGCCGCUGGUGAGGCAAAGCCAGCGGCAUCACCGUCCCCACAGCCAGAAGCAUCGGGAACAGGAACGGGAGAAGGACUCUGCCCCGACGGAGCAGGGCUACCACUACACUCCGUCCCAGCGAGUGCAGUUCAUCCUCGGGACCGAGGAGGACGAGCAGCACGUUCCCCAUGACUUGUUCACCGAGCUGGAUGAGAUCUGCGUGAAAGAGGGUGAAGAUGCCGAGUGGAAGGAAACGGCAAGGUGGCUGAAGUUUGAGGAGGACGUGGAAGACGGCGGCGAGCGCUGGAGCAAGCCCUACGUGGCCACGCUGUCCUUGCACAGCCUCUCUGAGCUGAGGAGUUGCAUCAUCAACGGGACGGUGCUGCUGGACAUUUGUGCCAACAGCAUCGAAGAGAUUGCAGAUAUGAUCCUGGGCCCGCAAGACCGGUCCACGGAGUUUGACGAGCACGUGCGGGCAAAAGUUCGAGAAGUCCUACUGAAGAAGCAUCACCAUCAGAAUGAGAAGAAAAGAAACAACCUUCUUCCCAUCGUCCGCUCGUUUGCUGAUGUGAGCAAGAAGCAGUCAGACCUGCACCUCCUUGACAAGCCAGCCCAAACACUCACCCCGCAUCCUUCUCCUACCACUGCAGAAGCUAAAAAUGGGGUGAACCACGAGAGCAACGCGAUGGACUUAAGCAAGGCGCAGCUGCAUUUCAUGAAGAAAAUUCCCACCGGGGCUGAAGCAUCCAACAUGCUCGUAGGAGAGCUGGAUUUCCUUCGCCAGCCCAUCGUGGCAUUUGUCCGCCUGACCCCGGCUGUCCUCCUCUCGGGCAUGACGGAAGUUCCCAUCCCAACAAGGUUCCUGUUUGUUUUGCUUGGACCAGAAGGCAAAGCCCAUCAGUACCAUGAGAUCGGCAGGUCCAUGGCUACUAUCAUGACGGAUGAGGUUUUCUGUGACGUUGCCUAUAAAGCCGAGAACCGGGCUGACCUCGUGGCCGGCAUCGACGAGUUUCUGGAUCAGGUCACGGUCUUGCCGCCAGGAGAAUGGGAUCCAUCGAUCCGAAUCGAGCCCCCGAAAAACGUCCCUUCGCAGGGAAAAAGGAAGAUGCCAGGAGCUCUCGAUGACAGUGCUUCUCACAGCAAGCCAGAGAAACACAGUGGUCCUGAACUGGAGCGCACGGGAAGGCUCUUUGGAGGUUUGAUCCUGGACGUGAAGCGCAAAGCCCCGUGGUUCUGGAGCGACUUUCGGGAUGGUCUGAGCCUGCAGUGUCUGGCGUCCUUCCUCUUCCUCUUCUGUGCCUGCAUGUCCCCUGUCAUCACCUUCGGGGGACUGCUGGGGGAGGCGACCGACGGCCACAUCAGUGCCAUGGAGUCACUGCUGGGCGCAUCCAUGACCGGCGUGGUGUAUUCCCUCUUUGCUGGCCAACCUCUCACCAUCCUCGGCAGCACUGGACCCGUCCUCGUGUUCGAAAAGAUCCUCUACAAAUUCUGCAAGGAGUACGCGCUCUCCUAUCUCUCUCUGCGGGCCUGCAUCGGGCUGUGGACUGCCUUCUUCUGCAUAGUGCUGGUGGCCACCGACGCCAGCUGUUUGGUGUGCUACAUCACCCGCUUCACCGAAGAAGCCUUCGCCUCCCUCAUCUGCAUCAUCUUCAUCUACGAGGCUCUGGAGAAGCUGAGUCACCUGCGAGAGACCUACCCUGUGCACAUGCACAGCAAACUCGACUUCCUCACCGUCUACUACUGUAAGUGUGAGGCACCAAGCCAUCCCAGCAAGGCAACCCUGCGUUUCUGGGAGAGCAACGAGAUCAACGUGUCUGGCAUCGCCUGGGAAAACCUCACGGUGACUGAAUGUCGGUAUUUGCAUGGAGAGUUUCACGGACCUGCCUGUGGACGCAAUGGCCCCUACGCGCCUAAUGUCCUCUUCUGGUGCUGCAUCCUCUUCUUCUCCACCUUUGUCCUGUCGAGCUUCUUGAAGAAGUUUAAAAGCAGCCGUUACUUCCCAACCAGAGUGCGGUCCACAAUAAGUGACUUUGCUGUUUUCCUCACCAUCGUCAUCAUGGUGCUCACUGACUUCAUGACUGGGAUCCCGUCACCGAAGCUCCACAUCCCCCAUACGUUCAAGCCUACCAGAGACGACCGCGGGUGGUUCAUCAACCCCAUAGGACCCAACCCUUGGUGGACGGUGGUGGCUGCGCUCAUCCCAGCUCUGCUUUGCACCAUCUUGAUAUUCAUGGACCAGCAGAUCACGGCUCUUAUCGUGAACAGGAAGGAGCACAGGCUGAAGAAAGGAUGCGGGUACCACCUGGACCUCUUCAUGGUGGCCGUGAUGCUGGGGGUGUGCUCCGUGAUGGGGCUGCCGUGGUUUGUGGCUGCGACCGUCCUGUCCAUCACCCACGUGAAUAGCCUCAAAGUAGAGUCUGGCUGCUCAGCUCCAGGAGAACAGCCCAAGUUUCUGGGGAUACGAGAGCAGAGAGUCACUGGCUUGAUGAUCUUUGUGCUCAUGGGCUGCUCAUUCUUCUUCACUUCGGUGUUAAAG